GUCACUUCCUUGUUUAGCUUCCCGGUGUCAGAUAAGACUGGACACGAUGUUUAUUUUAUCGAUAUUUGGAAAUUUAUACCGCAAUUUGCGGCGAUCAUCACCAGGAUGGAAUGCAAUCUUCUCGUUCCUCAUAGCCUUUUCAUUGUUUACAAAUUGCAUGGGUAUUGGCGAAGUUAUUUGGGCUGUUAACUGCGGAGGGGAUGCACACACGGACAUACACGGAAUUCGAUAUCAGGAAGAUAAACACUCAGUCGGCGUAUCAUCAGACUAUGGAAAAUCUUUAAUGAUUCAAAGAGUAGUCCCCCAGGAUCAAAUUUUAUAUCAGACUGAGAGAUAUAAUAUGAACUCAUUUGGUUAUGAAAUUCCUCUUUCCAAAGACGGCGAUUAUGUUUUGGUGUUAAAGUUCUCUGAAGUUUGGUUUACGCAACCAAAUCAAAAGGUAUUUGAUGUAGUAUUAAACGGAGAACAUGUUGUUGUACAUGAACUGGACAUCUUCGGCAAGGUGGGUCGAGGAGCAGCUCACGAUGAAAUUGUGCCUUUCCAAAUACGCAAUGGCAAAUUAAAGAUCAGCGGAGAAACUUCCGAUAUUGUGGAUGGAAAUAUCAUUGUAGACUUUGUCAAGGGCGAGCUUGACAAUCCAAAAAUCAACGCCAUGUACGUGAUGCGUGGAACACUGGAAGACAUACCCAAGUUAGCUCCCCUGCAAGGAGCAGACAACAGUGAGGAAGAGGAAGAGGAGGAGGAAGAUCAAGUCAACGAUUCAAAGCAGAAACCAUCAAGACGUCCCUCGGGGCCGAAGGUCAAGGACCCUUAUUCCACAGACGAUACGAGCACCAUGCUUUUGCCUGUUUUUGUGGCAGUUGGAGCCUUCAUUCCUGUUCUUUUCUGCUUAUGCAAAUUGUAACAGCAAUUUUAAUAGUCUUUAUCAUCGUUUUGAAAUUUCAUACAAACAAUUUCCUACCUGUGGGAGGGGAGUUUUUUAUUCUCUAAGAUUUAAAAGGAAUUCAAACUUGAUAUUCUAAACUCGUCUGAUAUCCAUGCAUAGACCUGUUGGCUUUUCUCUGUAAAUUUAUGUCUUAUAUUAACUAUUUAUGAGAUCUAUGCACAGAAAACGUUUAACCAAGUAAACAUUUUCUUAUAAUUCUCUUUAAUCUUGAGGUAUUAUAAACUAGCCAAAGAGAGGAGAAUCUUCUGACAGUAUAAUCACAGGCCGAUUGCUCAAAACCUCAAUUAGGCUUAACAGAUCGCUAAACAGUAUUUUUUUUUACUUAAUGGUACUAAUGACCUGUUAAGUUUAACAGCUUGAUUAAAUGCUGAAACCUGCAGUUUAACUUAAUUGACCUCCAACCAUCAAUUAUAUUUUUAUAGGUGGUGUGAGCAACUGGCCCCUAAUAUAUACAUCUAGAAAUACAGACUAGCGGUAUCCAAUUUUUGUGCUACGUUUUUUGGCAUACUUUAAAUCUCUUUCUUUAUUAGAUGUUCAUAUUACCAGAGUUCAUUAUGUGAUUACAGCACAUCCAUGUUUCUGCUCUCAUUUAUUUCAAAUUAAAUUUACACAAUGGGAUCAUUUUGUUACUUUACAAUUAUUCAGGCUAUUUGAAGCAUGCAUGAUUAUUUAGCAUUACUGUUGCCGUGUACAUAUUUGCAUAUCAAAACUUACAAUAUUUCAGCAAGUAUGUAAAUGAUGGUUUAUGUCUUGAAAAUGGCUGUGUAUAAUAUCAUAUGGUUUCUGAGAUAAAUAAAUUGUAUCUUUUUGUAAUGCUAUGUAGCACAAUAAUUUCAUAUAUGUUUUAUAGUCACUGUUAAAAUGCUGUAGAUUAAUUUAGUUUAGUGAGGGCCUUUUUUCAGCAUUUCUUUUGUUUGGGCAGUUUCACGAAGUUUGAAAUUUGCAAAUCAAUUAUUUUAUCAAUUGUAAGCUAGGUUUUAAAUUUGCCAUGUGAUCAAUUUGCCCAAAACCAAAAAAACAAAAAUUAAACCCAUGCAAAAUUUAAACAGUUUACAGUAAAUGGGCUUUAGAUUAGAAAAAAAGAGUUUGUUAAUGAUUUAUAAGUCCUUUCCUAUCACAGUUGAAACUUAGAAUGUUGUAAUUGUUCUUUAUAAUAUAUGGUAGACAUCAUACAAAUGUCAUAGGCUCAACAUUUUCUAUUGCAGUUUGAUAUAACAUGUCGGAUAUUUGUGUUGUAAAUUGAUUAGAUAAACUGUUUUUUAGAAACUGUUUGAUCAAGAACAAAACUGAGAUAUGACAUCUUUGUAAUUGGUCCAAUUUCUGUUUGUGUGUUUGUAUGUGUGUUCUAACAUUUUUGUGUUUGUAAACAUUUAGACUUAUGACCUUUCAACAAACUACGGUAGGCGGAUUAAGCGCAAAAGUAUUAAUUCCUUCAAAAAUAUUGAAUUUAUGGUCUCACAGUAUUUAGAAAUUUUUACUUUUUUUUUCACACAAUUGAUUUAAAGAAGUCUAAAACUAGAAGAUCCAUAAAGGUUUAGUAGUUAAGGUUCCAGGGUUUCAUGGCCACUCAAUCUGGGCUCAUGAAUACAAACAGUCUUAAAUUGAAUCUUUAUGGCACUUUAUUAAAUAUUCGGUCUCUGCUCCAUUAGUUUUACAAAAAAAAAUCAUCUCAGUUUCAGGUAGUAAUAUCAAUCAGCAAAUGUUAUCAUAAAUACUCAACUAGAAGGAAAAUAACAAUGAAAUGAAGACUUUUUUGCCACUUGAACUCGACCUUGAGACUGUUAUCAUGGCCCCUUGACAUCGUGUCUGAUGUGAUUGAGGAAACAGACUCAAGAGUGGUUCAUAAUUAUAGUAUAAGGCUUAAAGCUAUACAUGUAUGAUGAUUUCAAACGCCUAAGGAAAAAACAUACUUGCAGCUGCUGUAUUUAUGAUUAGCUUGCACACAUUCACAAUAAUUAAACUGCAACAUGUGUGAAAUAAAUUAUUUUAUCAUAAACAGUAUUUGUACAUGUACCUUAUCAAUAACUAUAACAGAAGUCAAAUUUUAACAUUUAUUUCAUGUACUUACAUUUAUUGGAUAGAUUUGUUGUUUUGUUAAAAACUGUUGUCUUGAUCAUUAAGGAAGUUUUGUGAAAAUAUAAAAUUAAUUUAGAAUUGUUGAAGAUAUUCACAUAAAACUUGGUACACAUGUUGCCAGAGACAAUUUGCACGUGUGUAGCAAGGCCCAUAACUCUACUAAAGUUAUGUCCCUUUUUGACUAAAACAAAAUGACAUCAACUAAGAUUCAUGUUUAUGUUCAUAAAAUUAGAAGAAAAAGUAUUACAAUAAGAUAAAGUAUUACUAGUAGCUUCAACAAAGAAUCUGUAAAUCUGAAAAUAGUCUUGUUUAGGUAUUGAAUGUUUGAAGCAGUUAUGCCCCUUGGAAGUUAAAAUGGCCUGCUAUCCUUUAAUGGUGGAAAAUUGUUGUCGUGUGUAUAUGUUUUUGAUAUAUUUAUAGAAUUCCAGCUUCAUUUUAAUCAUGAUUAUAGCAAAUUGUAUUUUUUUCUUCAAAAUGGCAACUCUAUUACAUAAAUGUUGUCGUAGUCUGUGUGAUAGUGUUUGUCUUAUUAAAUAUGGAUUAUAAAUUAAGAAUUAAUUCUUGAAUUAGGAUUGAGAGUUUUUGUUCUUAAGUUCGGAAUUAAUUCUGAAAUCAGGAUGGAGAGUUUUUGUCCUUAAGUUUGGAAUUUAUUCUGAAAACAGGAUGGAGAGUUCAGGAUGGAGAGUUUUUAUCCUUAAGUUCAAAAUACAUUCAAGAUUGAGUGUUUUUAUCUGAAGAAUAUUCUACAAUAAAUUUAUUGUAAAGAUUGUUUUUUUGCUCAGACAUCAAAAACAGUAGAGUGUUACCUAGUAAAAGUGGAUUAAGCGCCUUUACCAAGCACUUGUCCUUCAUACUUAAAUAGACUCCAAGUUUUUUGUUCAGACCGAUACCGAUAAUAUAUAAGAAGUCAUUUUAUCAGCUCAUUGAAUUUGUUUUCUAAAAUGUCUUGAGGUUUGGAAUGACAUUUACUUUGGAUUUAUUAGUUGAUGCAGCUUUAGAUUCUAUUCUUAUUCUGCUUGAAAAGCAAAACCUGGGUGGGAGGGCAUUUAUGAUAUAAGCCAUUGAACGGUAAUUCAUUGUAAAUUACAUUGUAGCUUUAAACUUACAUAAUCGUUACCAAAAAAUGCCACCCUAUUAUUUUCUUUGUUUUGAAGAUUUGUUAUAUGUACGCAAAAAAUUGUGAAUUUUUUGUCAUUAAUUCUUCGAGUCAUGUUAUAUACCUCUAAAGUUUAAGGGAUCAGUUCGACAAAUAAUUUAGGUCUCUGAUAGCUCCCUUAAUGUUAAUGUUAAAUUUAGAUGUCAGGUGACCUCAUAUAUUGUAAGUAUCAUUUGAUGGCUUUUAACUAAUACAAAAAAAGAAAGGCCCAAUGUACAUUAAACAUAAAGUGAUAACAGUUUGUAUAUUAACUCUUUAUUUUACAAGAAUUCUGACAUAAAAUUACCUAUUUUACAAUCUUUUAAGGCCACAAAAAAUUGUUUGAUACAGUCAAAACUCGCAAUGUCGAAGUUGGGCAAUACUUAGAGACAACGAAUAUUUUAUGUAAUGGAAAUAAAAAAAAUUGUCUAAUUAAACCCAAAGUAUUCGAAAUGUUUAACGUAACUUGGUAAUGAAGAUAGCAGAGUUUGACAUGGUGUAUUUCGCCUAUGAUUGCCUAUGGUAAAAGAUUAAAAAAAAAAUGUUUUUACACACAAAACCCUUAUAAAUGAUACCAAAACAGUAUUGGGUCACCUGCAUCGUCGGAUACCCCCGAUACACACUACGCUAUGCUUCAUUGCGUACUGUGGGCAAUAUGGCGAGGAAAAUCUUGUUAUCAUUAAUAAUUAAUGAGGCAGUUUCAUUGGUUCCGCAAAGUACCAGAUGCUUUACGGUUGAAAAAUAUUCUGCCAAUUGCCGGAGUUGAACCGCGUCCGCCUCCUUAGCACAAUGAUAUUUGGCGGCUGUCAAGACCACAUGCUUACAGAGGCCACUGGCACUGUUAAGUUAUUGACUAAUAUUUGAAAGUAACAUGUGAAUUCAUUGGAAGAGGAGUUGUAUCUCUAGCCUCAUGCAUAUUCAUUAAAACGAGAUUUUGUCAGUCAAUUGUACUAUGGUAUGUAUGAAGUAUAACGGAAGAAAGUACCGUGGUUGUCAACGAUGGGUCACCUGAAGCAUUCAAAUUUAGAAUUAUUAACAGUAGAAAUUUUAAUUUCACCAGGUCCUUUUUUUCUAGAUUUUUUGUUUGAACCACUUUUGCCAUAUUUUAAAUUAACGACACCCUGACUAUAUUUACCCUAUCUACAGAAUGAAUUUCUUUAUUGUGGACAAUAACGGCAAGAAGUUUCAUUUUUCAUUGACAUGGCAUUGAAUUUUUUUGAGUUGUGAAUGUUCUGGCAUUUUUUCAUUUUAUUACCAUUCCUGGACAUCUAAAUCAAAAUGUUCUUAUCAUGUACGUAGUUUUGUACAUUGAUUGUAUAAAUACAUGUUGGGUUGAAAUUCUGCGCAUUUUUUUUGUGUGUUGUCAAAUUUAAUUGUUAAGUAUGAAAGUUAAUAUACUUGUAUAUUUAUCUUAGUUUGAAAGAUAGUAAGAUUGCUUAGUUUUCAAUGACUCUUUAAACUUCACCCUGCCGUAUUUGUAAAAUCCAUUAUCAUAUCUUUCAAGCUUAUAAAUUUCAUUUUCAUCUUUAAGUUGUUUGUUUCUGCUUUUGUUUUAUAAAAUAAAUUAUUCUUUGACAAAGAUGUUUAUUUUGUGAGUUUGUAUUAUGACGUUUUUGCUAAACAUGUGUGUCAAAAUUUCUAUGAAAUGUUUGUAUACUAAGCAGACAUUUCUCAUACAUUCCUGAGUGUGAACAUUUCGUAUAUUAACAUAUAUAAUGCUCUUGUUUCAUGCACCUGCUUCAUAUUUACUCAAGAUUUGAAAUGAUUGAUUGAUUGAUUGAUCGAUUGAUUGAUUGAUUGAUUGAUUGAUUGAUUGAUUGAUAUUUAGACAGAAUAAAGGGACUCGCUCACAGAUUUUGUGUUGCCAACAAUGUUUCAAAAUAUAUUUCAGUUUAAUUUGAUAGUCUUUAUUUCCAACAGUAACUGAUAAAUAUUUAACUUGAAAUAGUUUAUUAUCGAAGAGUGUUUGUUAACUAAAUAAAGUCAUAAAUUUUUCAAGUAGAAAGAGUGUAUUCUGCCUCAUUUUAAAAUAACUAUUUACAAAGUCUUAUUUCAACUUUUGGUAUUUUUAUCAUUGAAACAAGUAUUUUCUUCACAUUUCACAUGGAUUUUUGUCGAUGUGACCCCAUAAAACGUAAAUAAGUUCCUUAAAAUAUGGACUUGAUAAUGAGUUGAUAAAACUUGUGGUCAGAAUGACUAUUGCCUUAAUACAGGUAGUCUUGAAAUUAUGGAUAUCUAAUAAAAAAUCAUCAAAACCUUUGGACUAAAAACUUACAAACUGUUAACCAGAAUUCUGUAUAUUAUAGUAUGUCAUGACAUAGGAUGGCCAAUGGAAGUCCUGUCUGGGGUCUUAUUCAAAAACCAACUUAGACUCAACUUAAAUUUAAAUUUAAGAUUAUAAUCCAAGUGUAUUAAAUGGCCAAUCGGCUGAAUGGAACCUCUGAGGGUUUGAAUAAGAAUUAUAUUGAAUACUUUCCCCUUUUUUUAAGAGUAAAUUCCAAGAGUUUUCUUUGGAAUUCUAUGGAAUCAAUGUGACAUGUCUAUUGAUAAGAAUAAGAAUUAUAUUGCAUACGACCCCUGGAGCUUAUUCCUGAUGGGGGUCCUUUCAUGUAUGCAAGCAUCAUUACAGCGCAUAUUUAAUUUUGUUAUCACAUUUGCAAAACACCCUACAAUUUUUAAUGAUACUUGUAUCAGUAGUUAAGGAAUUUGACCCAAUAAAUCCGCGAGUUCUCAGAUAUCUUUAUAUUAAUUAACAUUAAUGUUAAAUGUUGAUGCUUUGUGACCUCGUACAAUUUUGGUAUCAUUUGGAUGGUGAUUGCUUCAGCUGAUUUCUUAUGUGUAAAAUAAUCAACUUAACAGACAUCCUGCAUGACAUAUUCAAAGUUGGUAUUUUGCUUUUUAUUUCAACUGAAAUUUGGAUUUGAAUGACAUAUUUUGCAAUCCUUUAUGUUAAAAAACAGGGACCUAUUAACUGAGUGGUACGUGAAAAAAGCACUUGUUUUUAUAUUAUUUUUGGUAACUGUUUUACAUUUUCUAUAUCUGCACGAAAAUCCAAUUCAAACGUACCAAAAGAAUAUGGGGUCACAAGGCAUCCGAAAAUUCACUUAUUUGUGGGUUGGACACCUUAACUCAAAUACCAUUCACUCAUACUUUUGUUAUGAAAGUCACGACAUCUCACCUGGGGUGUUCGUUUAUGUAAAUGUUGCUAACUUAUAGAAUUGUCAAAUGGCUGUUAAAUGUAGCGGAGAUUAUUCACAAUGGUUUAUAAACUAAGUGCAUGAUAGAUUUCAUUUGUAAAAUAAGUCCAUGACCAUUUUUAACUAUUAAUUUGAAGAUUGCUGGAUGCUGGUAUUGUUUAAAAUAAAGUCUUUUAAAUAUUGGUAAGUUUUUUUGUAAUGUAAAAACUAUACAAUUUUUUCUCUUGAUUUUUAUUGCACAUGCACAUUUCUGUAUAUGUUAGAAUGGUUUAUAAACAAGAUCAGGCCAAGGUCUGAUUUGAUGAAUGCAUAUACACAAAGAUUGACAAAAGAUUGACCGGCUUAGUGUUCAAACUUAUAGUCGUCUUCUGGCUCGGUCUCUUUUUACUAGAUUAAAAUCUUUAAUGGCAGAUGCUUGCUGCUGAUUAUCAAAAUUAAUGUAUCCCAAAUUUGAAAUAUACUGCUGUUUUUAUUGAAUUUCAAACAGAUGAGUAUCAUAACAAUUGUUUGAAUGUCACGUUUGUUGUGUGUAUAUUGUUCAUUUGAGAAUGUCUGAAACAUCUUUUCCAUCUAGCAACAUUACAUUGUGUGUAUAUUUGCAAUGUUUAGAUAUGAAAGUAGUGUUGAAUGUGUUGUUAUUUAAUUGUUUUGAAUGUUAUUGGGGAUCGUAAAUUUUAAUAGAUUAAAUGAAUAACUUGG